AUGGCGACAGCGAACGACUCUCCCUCUGAGCCUGUGGUUAGUGACAAGAAUCCCGCGACGGGACAAGCCCAUGGCCUGCCAACGCCAGAAUCGACCCCGGAGCCCGACGCUGCCCGGUUGAAGGAAGACGAGAAGAGGCGGCAGGCCAACCUUCAACCUACUGCGGAAGAUGACACAGCGAGCCCGAAGCCUUCCGGAGGAGAGGGGAACAAUGGGGUGACCCAGGAGCAGAUUGAUGCCGUAGAGACAGUGAUGAAAUGCCCGGGUACCGAUUACCGACAGAUUCUGGGCCUCGGAGACGAAAAGCCAGAUAGAGAAGAGGAGUCGAGAGAGGUGAUGGCGGCCUUCACGAAGCUUGGAUGCUUGACCCAUGAAAAAUAUAACAAGGCGAAUCAAGCUGCGGAGGCAUUUCUCAGAGUCAACGAUGCGGCAAAGCACCUCGGGAUCAACGAAGCUGCCAUAGCGACGAUGAGAGAAUGGGAUGGCGUAGGGGACAUUCUCACCGUGCCAGCAAAUGACGCAAGCCACGAAAGCUCCGAUGAGGGCCGACCGGGCGGACAAGAUGCGGACAUGGAAGCCUCCGACCAGCCCACGAUCCCACCACUGACCGAUGAUCACCGCAAAGCGUUUGCUGUCGCGGGGGGGCUGCUGCAAGUCCUCUCGGACAGUCCCGAUGACGAGAGAGCGAUCAACGGCCUGCAAGAGGUGAACCGAAAGAUAGUGGAGAUCAACACGGCCAAUGGAUUUCCUAACUCAACUCGAUUCGUGGUCGAUUUCGAAGUCUAUCAAGGGGUGUCCAAGAAGGCGCGCCCUCUUUUAGCUCAAUGGAAGCAAAACUCCGAUGAAAAGGCUAGGGAGGAGCUCGAAGCGAUGAACCAGUGGCUUGACAACUUCAUUCAGGAGCGCGGUUACCCUACAGAUUGGAAAAUCGACAUACCACAGCCGUCCACGCAGUCCAUCCCACGGAGGCCAAGGCAGUCAACUGCCUCAACAGCAGCCCGCCAAACUGCCCCAACAGAAGCUCGAGCCCGAUCAGGGAAGUUGCCGAAGUCCCUGGCUUUCAAUGAAAGGGAUGGAUACGUCCUCGAAGGAGGGGCCGAGAAGGAACUGUACGGUUACAUCAGGGCGGGAUAUGGUCAUCGAGUCUUGCUUCGACGAGACGGUCGCAACGGGUACGACAUCUUCGAGUUCGUCCGGGCGAGCAAAUUCGGGAAGAGCUUUGUUGAGAGGAACCAGCACGUGUUGGGUGGGAGAGACAUCGCGGCCGGGGACAAGACCAAAUUGCGGGGAAUGAGCUGGAACAAAGUGGAGAUUUUUGGCGUCGCUCCCGUUAGAACCGACUUCGAUGAUGAGGCGAUGAUGAUGGCGUGGGUGGCAUUUCCUGAGACGGAACCGACCUGGUACUGGCGGUCGCAUCUGGGGGAAGAAUUUGGAAUAGAUGCGGUGGACGAAAAACUGAAUACCUUUAGGAGGAAGGCAGGGCAGCUCCCUCGAGCCGUCAUCGCGGAGGAUGAAGCGGAAGAAAGUGAGACUGAUGAGGAAGGAGAAGACCAAGAAACCCGAUUGCAAUAUCUGAGGGAGGAAAUGAAAAGGUUGGAACAGGGAACAGGGCGAAGCCGACGUUCGUCGAACGCGAAAAGGUCAAAACCGCGGCGAAGAGCCCGAUAG